CAGAUCUGUGUAUGAAAGAAGAGUUGGCGCUGAGGUGAACGUUUUAUAUCCAAGAGAUUUUGCCAAAUGCCUUCAGCAAAGUUAAAAAUCCACCUUUGACAUGGAGUUUACCAGGCACUACCUUCCGAUGGAGUGGGAAGAGCGAUGGAGGAAAGAAAAAGAGAGGAGGAAAAGAGUGGUUGCAGAAGGUGGAGAAGGGUUAGAACAAGAUAACCGUGAGUUGAGGCGAAUUGUUGCUUACAACGAUUCCAGGAUGGGCCUAGCUAGUCAAGGAGAUAAAGCUAAAGAGUCUGAGGGGAGAAAGACUCAAAGUAAUAAGGACGAUGCUGGUGGACAUAUCAGUGAUGAGGGAGUCGAGGAAAUUGAACAUCAUGCCUACACAUUCUCAAGCAAAACCUUUCCUAGAGAGAUAUUUAUGACUCUUAAGGAACUGCAGAUUUCCUCUAUUCUUACAGACCUGACCCUGACUACUGAGGACGGCAGCAAUUUUAGUGUGCAUUCCCUAAUUCUAGCUGCAGUCAGCGCCUUGAUUCUAGACAAACUUAAGGAAAAAAACAUGGGACAGUCUCACAGUACUCAAGGGAAAAUCGCAAUGUGGUCAGUACACAUGGGUAAUGAAGUUGACCAAAUUGGGCUUCAGGCGGUUAUUGAGUUUGCUUACAGUGGAGAUAUAUCAAUUUUAAACAAAGACACACUAACUCAGAUCAAAACUGCAGCUAAAGUACUGGAGGUCCCACAACUCCUGGAUCUCUGCAACAGCAUAAACGCGACAAAGGAAGAUCAAUGUCCAAAGUCAGAACAAGAUAGAAUCUCUGCAGACGUACAUCUGACGAAUACUCUACGAUCCAUUGAAAGGUUGUUGGAAGACAAAGUUGGAUGUGAUGUAAUUUUGGAACUGGAUGAGAUUUCUUUCCAUGUUCAUAGAAUUAUCCUGGCAGCAAGCAGCGACUACUUCCAUGUGAUGUUCACAUGUGGAAUGAGGGAAUCUCACCAGGCCUGCAUCGCUCUUCCCUUUGUACCGGCUUGUGAAUUGGAGACACUAAUCAGUUGGUCCUACAGCGGGACUCUUCAUCUCAGCUGGGACUGUGUUUUUGAGAUAGCCUGCACUGCCCUGCAGCUUCAGUUUCAACCUGCUUUCUUGCUUUGCCUGAAAUUCAUGCGAGAAGAAAUGCAGAUAAACUCGUGUCUAGACGUGGAAUCAUUCGCUGAAGCGUAUGGCUUGUCAGAACUCCUCGAGGAAGCCAAUGACUUUACACUGAGGAACUUCAGGGAAGUGUCAGCAACAGCAAAGUUUCAAGACCUUCCCGCAAAGAAGCUCUUGGACUUCCUCCGCUGCGAUGGUCUGUGCGUGCCUUCAGAGUUGACUGCAUUUCGUGCUGUAAUCUCCUGGAUUCAAGCGGAUCCCGAAGAGAGGUUGGCCCAGGCUGCUUUACUGAUGAGCGGAGUUCGUUUCCCACUCAUGACUUUUCGUGAGUUCAGGGAGGUCAGAGCAAUUAAUCUGCAUAUGGAGUGCUUUGCAGACAAAGAAGUGGAACUCUAUGGAUCCGCUCUCAAGGAAUUUGGUUUCAGUCUCCCAAAGUCUGAUGAAUACUGCCGAAUCAGGCGACCUAAAGAUGUUCUUUGUGUGGUCGGGGGAGACCAACUAGAUCCAGAUGUGGGUAAACGUAUACCAAGCCAGGAUAUCUGGUUUGCCAACUCUUUGCGCAAUGGCACAGGAUUGGUGAAGGAGAUAGAGUGGAGGAGACUAGGUGAGAUUCCAGAUAAGCCAAAGUUCAGACAUGGUGUGGCAGUAAUGGACAGAAGGUUGUAUAUAGCUGGUGGAUAUUACUUUUAUGCCAAGGAUAACAUAAUGACAUCAGCUUACAGCUACGACCCCGUGACAAACAUUUGGAAAGGUUUGGCUGACAUGCAGGAGCCAAGAAGUAACUUCUCAUUGGUGGUGCAUGAGGAGCGCCUUUAUGCCAUUGGCGGAGACAAAGAGAUUGACACCAACACAGACAGCGUUGAGAUGUAUAAACCAGAUAGCAACUCGUGGAGCUUCGUCCAUCCUCUGGACCAGCCUCUCAGUGGCUAUGGAGUCUCUGCCCUAAAUGGAGGCAUUUUCAUCUCUGGAGGUUUUAACUGUAAAUACGUGUGCCUGGUCUCCAUGCUCCUGUACCACCCGGAGAGAGGAAGCGUCUACCUGGCGGACAUGUCCCGUGACCGAGCCCAACACUGUAUGGAAGCAUUGCGAGGACGCCUUUACGUUGCCGGUGGGCUGUGCAACCUGAGGACGUUCUACACCGAUCAUCUUGCCUGUGAGGUGUAUGACCCAGUGAAAGACUCUUGGGCUGAUUUUUCCUCGCUGCCAGUGCCCCAUGUUGGUUCUGCCUCGGCUGUCCUGGAGGAGAAGCUCUACAUCCUGGGAGGAUACUGCCAGGACGAUUACAGCGAGUCGGGAUUGGUCCAUCGGUUUGACCCCGGCCUCCAGCGGUGGGAGACCAUGGGCAAGCUACCAGGGGCUGUUACUGACAUUAAGGCCUGUCUUCUCCACUUGCCCCAGCAAUUCAGACACUAAACAGAUGGUCAUAAUCAUAAACCGCUACAGAAAAUCCAAUCUGUCAUUUGGACUUGCAAAGUAUUCACGCUUUAAUAAACAGAACAACACAAAGUAGUGCAGAACUGGGAACUGGAUUUGUAUUCGUCUUCAACCUAGCCCAUCUUCUUCCACAUGUCUCUUGUACUUUUUCUAGCCAAACUGCAAACAGGACUUCUUAUGACUUUCUUUCAGCAUUUCUUGCUAGUUUUCUUUUAUGAAAGCCUGAUAUCGUCCGUGUUGAGCUGUGGAUACCUGCAGUUUCUCCAGACUUACCAUGAGACACUUCGCUGCCCUUCCUGCCUGCUGUGUUCACUCAUAUUUUCCAAUGAGGCCUUUACAGAACAGAAAUUAUACUGAGAUUUAUUUAGCUGAAUCAGAGUGAUUCGGACUGAAUACUCUUUUCAGAUUUUCUAUACAGGCAUUUGACAGAACAAGAAAAAAAAUUUCUUAGGUUUUGUUUCCUUUUUUUUAAAACAAUCCAGUAAACACACUAUUUCUCAAAAACAUCUGACUAAAAGUAAAUUGUGGCUUUUGUGUAACUAAAACGAAUUGCUUUGUUUGUAAUUGGACGUUAUCGUUGUAAUGUUUUAGGAUGAACAAUGUGGAAAUGAAUGGAAUGCAGAGGAUGCAGGUUGUGGUGUGAAAAUUAUCAUUUUAGUGACGUUUACAGGCGAGUACAGAAAUCCAGGCAGCACAUGAGCAAUGAGACAAGGAAACGCAGACACUGGUAGCAACUGGGAAUACUCGCAACAGAACGUAGACACGACAUUGACAUUGACUAUGACAAGAACACAACAACGAAACACAGACACAGGUUGGAUUAAAUUCACAAGGGAGUAAUCAGGGAAACAGGACACAGCUGUGAUCAAUCAAGAGGUAGACAAGAUGAUACAGGAACUCAAUUGACUAGAAAGCAAAAGUUCACAUCCUUAGUAGUACCCCAAGAUUUUUUUUUUUGGAGAAAAACACGACAGAGAAUAGUUAAAUUUUACAACAACAGCCUUUUUAGGACUUUCUCUUCUGCCGGUUUCACCACAAUCCUAUUUUCCAACACCAAGCUCUUGAGGGCAGACUGGCUGUCUGGUAUAUAAACUGCAACUAUUGUUUUAAAUUGUCAUCAGAAGAUCUUAUUACUGACAUACAUCCUGGUUUUGGGUAAACUUGAAGAAUUGGUGUGAAACACAAACCUAUUGUUGAGGAAGAUGGACACGUAUAGUGAUUCAUCUCUAUACGUGUUCUCUGUUAUGACUGCAGCUGAACAACACUGCAGAUCUAGACGAAUAUAACCCAGUGCGGUUAUCCUUCUCAUAUCAUUGCUGAAGGAUGAGGCCAGAUGGAUGAGGUGGUGAGUUGAUGUUAAGUGUGAGGAGAGCUACAGUUGUUCACUAUGAGAAAAUCUACUACUGACAACAAAAUGCAACUAAAUUUGACAUAUUUUCUUAAGAGUGGGACAAAGUAAGAAGGAAGCCUUUCUAUGGUAAUCAAAGCUACUUUAACAACUUUUUUUUUAAAAAAAAAAAGAAAAAUGCAGUGUCUGGUUAAAAGGAAAUUAAUUAGUUUAAACCGUAGAUGUAUUAAGUUAGGUAUGAAGAUCUGUAGACCUAGUAUGAAUUGUUGUUUUUAUCUCAUUGCAAGGUUUACUGUGCCUUAAAACCUUUUACUAGUGUCUCAAUUGAGCAAAGUGGGAGUGGGAGGACAGGGCCCUCUUGUGGUUAUAGGUUUGUAUUGCAAGGAGAAAAUUAUUUUCAUGUUAACUUCUGGGGAAAUUUAUCAUCCAGAUGAAUUUAUUGUGACAGACCUAAUUAUUCCCCAUGUUACAUACAUUAUAAAAAAAUCCACUGAUGAAAGGAGACUUUACAGAAUUUAUUUCAGCAAAACUCUCAGUCAUAUAAAUAUCUCUAAACGUCUGCAGCUAUAUAUCGCAGUGUUCGGACACAUUUAUCAUAAGACAUAUAUUAAACAUAAACAAUAAACUUUGAUUCACUGUUAAAAAUGCACUUACUUAAUAACCUGUUUACUACAAUAUACAGGGACCAUAGCAUCUCUAGUCAGUUUGAAAACUUUACAAGUUUCAAAUUACUACUGCAGUAGUGUUUGUUUUUUCAUUAUUGGAUGCACAUAAUUAACAGGCAACUUUAACUUAAAAAAUGGAAGCAAAGGUCAAUAAAACUGCCAAAUUUGUGUAGUUUGAGAUGAAUAAUUUAGAUUUUAAGAUGAUCACUUCAACACUUGAAUACUUGAACUUUGAGUUUCUCCUUACAAAAAUCCUAUUUCAGAUACUAGAAGCCAAAAGCCCAACACACGUCAUUGUAAAAAACAAUAUUAGCUCCUGAAAGUUUAUGUCUGAAAUCGCUGAUAUGCUGACAACAUUUUACAGACGUAAAUGUUGUGGCAAACGCAGCACACAUGCUCGUAUUUCAUUGUUGGGCCCUGGCAUUUGUCCCAUGUUCUCCCAUUUCUGUGUGGCGUUGUCAUAGCGAUGGACCAUGUUAGUGUCACUGAAGUCCUCCUGGCUGUAUCCACCCAACAAAUAAAACUUUCCCUCCAAAACUGCACUCCCCACCCCGACGUGUGGCACUUGCAGGGAUGUAAACGCGGUCCAGGAGUUUGCAGCUGGACUGUACAUGUCAUAGGCAAGCUGGUCAAUAACAGUCAUGUUAUCAUUUGUGGUGAUUCCUCCUGCUACAUACAGGUGUUCUCCCAAAGUCUCCAUGCUGUAGUGGUAUAGAAAUACAUGUAUUGCUAUACAAAUAGCUUUCAGGUGCGAGGUUCCGGUUGGACAAAGUGGGCGUGGUAUAUAAGAAGCCGCUGCGCCCAAUCGGACACACAUGUCUUCCUCAAGCUUUGGCUGUGACUUGCGUCUCAGGGGCUGACAGCCAAAAGGCAUAACAUCGGGUGCAUGCUGCUCUGAUCUUGUGGUGGUAGGUCUCCCCUCUCUUUGCACUAUUGCUGCUUGUUCACAGAAGAUCUAAAUCCAGGUGUGAUCAUAGGCAAAACGCUACUCUGCGGCUCUCCUCCUCGUCAUCGGUUUGUGUGUGUGUGUGCGCGCGUACAUGAGUUUGUCUGGAUUGGGAGGUAAGAAGUAACGCUCAUCGUUAGCGCCAAUUUGUUGCAGUUCUGUUAAAUAGUGACUAACUUUUACAGGUCUCCCCAUAUUACCAUUGCUGCUCUGUUGAUAUCCCGGAUUCUGCGCAUCAUCAACCUCGGAUUGUGGUGGCGGCUACACGCCCUAAUUGAAGUGGUGUUUGGUGUGCGGCAUUGGCGUGCGGCACCGGCGCGCUCAAUUCACCUCCUGUUGCGGCGUGGCCAGAGGGUCGCACCAGAUUCGGACAUUUUAAUUUGUUUUGCGUUAUUUUUGUUCCAGCCUUUUGGUUUGAUAUAACGAUUUAUACAUUUAGGCUGAUAUUGUUUUCUUUUGUUGUAUAUUUUGGAUUGUUGUCUUUAUUAAUUGUUUUUUUCUCUCUCUGUUGGCAGUGCUGAGGCCCGGCGGCGGUGUUGGUGUGGUGACGGUGUCUUCUUUUUUGUGUGCCGUGAUUCCUGAGUUUGGGUUGUCUCAC